CUAGUUGCUGCAGUUGCCAGACACUCGCCCUCUCAACUUGCCCCAAUGUUGAGUGAGAUUAUGCCCGGUAUCAUUAAGGCUGUCCAGAGGGAAGAUGACGAACUGCGCGAAGGGUGUUUACAGGCAUUGGAAAUUUUGCUUUUGCGUUGCCCUGCGGAAAUUGCCCAGUACGUUCCCUCUAUCGUGCAAGUAGGCAAUCAAUACAUCAAGUACGAUCCCAACUACUCCACCAGCGACGAUGAAGACAACGAGAUGGCAACAUGCUGACGACGACAAUGAAGACGCUGAUCUCGAUAAGUAUGCCUCUAUGAAAGCCUCUCACAAAGAUUCCUACACCAGAUACUCUGAUGAUGAAGAUACUUCUUACAAGAUUCGUCGCUCCGCCACAAAAUUGCUCGCGGCCCUUAUCGGGACACGUCCCGAAAUGCUUUCUACAAUCUACAGAGAUGUCUCUCCUGUUCUUAUAUUGCGCUUCGGUGACCGCGAAGAAACUGUGAAAUUGGAAGUUUGGUCAACCUAUGGUUUGUUACUCAGCCAGACCGCCGUCUAUGGAGGUCUCUCGCAAUCCAAAGAGGAUGUAACUCGCAGAAAGUGCAAACACGAUACUGAGA